AUGGCUAUGGAGAUCACGCCUAAUCAGCCCAACCGGGUGGAAUUUCACGGCACUGAAUACCAAGUCAUUAAAGAAGGCUUGGCUAACAUUCUCAAUCCACCUGCGCAAGAUGCCGCCUCCAAGGGUACCAAGAAGGACCUGAAGGCCGAUGACGAAAUCCAGUCCGUCUUCUACAACCCAAUCCAGCAAUUCAACCGUGACCUGAGUGUCUUAGCAAUCCGAGCUUUUGGAGAACACUCUGUGGAUCUGAGAAAAAAGAAGCUGGAUCAGAAGCUUAAGAGGAGUGGACCAGGAAAUGGAGCGUCUAAGGGAACAAAGCGGAAGCGGGAGGACAGUGCAGAGAAUCAGAACCCCGAGGCCGGUGCAGAGGCUGGAAGUAACGGACAGCCAGAGACAAAUCCCAAGAAGCCAGCUGACGGACUGAACGCCAAACAAGAUGCGCAGUCAGAUCCACCCGCUGCACCUUCGUUUACAAUUCUGGAUGCUUUGUCUGCGACAGGUCUCCGCGCACUUCGAUAUGCCUCGGAGCUCCCAAUGGUUAGCAAGGUCGUGGCAAACGAUUUGUCUUCUUCUGCUAUCCAGUCCAUGAAGACCAAUAUCGAUUACAAUGAGCUGCAAGACCGUAUCCAGCCCAAUCUGGGCGACGCACGUGCCUACAUGUACUCGCUAAAUGUACACAAGUUCGAUGUCAUUGACCUAGAUCCAUAUGGCUCGGCAGCUCCAUUCAUUGACGCUGCUGUCCAAGGAGUGAAGGAUGGUGGUCUGCUUUGUGUCACUUGCACUGAUGCCGGUGUUUGGGCAUCGACUGGCUACGCAGAGAAAUCUUUCUCCCUGUACGGAGGUACGCCACUCAAGGGUUCUCACUCGCACGAGGGUGGUCUACGCUUGAUUUUGAACAGUAUUGCAAUGUCCGCAGCAAAGUAUGGAUUGUCCAUUGAGCCGCUGCUCUCCCUGUCAAUUGAUUUUUACGCACGCGUGUUUGUUCGUGUAUACCGAUCCCCAGCUCAAGUCAAGUUCACUGCUGGCAAUAGUAUGGUCGUUUACAACUGCGAUUCAGGAUGCGGUGCCUGGUCUAUACAGCCUCUGGCUCUGACAAAACAAAAACUUGACCGCAAGGGUAAUCCCAUGUACCACCAUGUCCUAGCCCAGGGACCUGUCGCUGGCCAAAAUUGCGAGCACUGCGGUUUCAAAACACAUAUUGCAGGUCCUAUGUGGGCUGGUCCGCUGCACAAUCCUCACUUCAUUCAAAAGGUUCUGGGCCUGCUUCCUACCCUUGAUUCCAACAUAUAUCAUACCAUUCCUCGAAUUGAGGGCAUGCUAACCAACGCGCUCGAAGAGGAUCUUGAUCCCAUUCAAAACACUGAAUCCAACAAGAAUUCUCUAGAUCUGGAGUACCCGGCUAUCAUUCCCAGAACGGAUCCAGCAAUUCGGGAUCCGUACCCCUUCUAUUUCACACUCAGUGCCCUAUCAAAAGUUUUACAUUGUUCCACCACCCCAAUUGACGAGUUUCACGGUGCUCUACGGUCUAUCGGCUACCGCUCAACCCGCAGCCACGCUAAGCCCAAUUCUAUCCGCACUGAUGCCCCGUGGACCGUCAUCUGGGAGAUCAUGCGUGAAUGGGUACGCCAACACUCUCCUAUCAAGGAGGCCAAUCUCAAGCCAGGCAGUCCAGGCUUGAAUAUCUUGAGAAAGAGCCGCUCCAACUUGCGUAAGGUGCACGAAGGGAACCAAUGGCUGUCCCAAUUGAAGAAGGAUCUACUUGAAGCUGUCGAUUCUGGUCGUGAUGUUGGUGAUUUAAUCACCAAAGUAGAAGCCUCACUCUAUAGAUCUGGAUCACGGCAGACUGAAAAAACCGAAAAAAUUCCAUUUAAACAGCCGGAUAUAGCUGAUGCCGAGGCUCAGCCACAAGAAGCUCCGGAGGGGGAAGCAUCUGAGACUCAUUCAGGUCCUCCUCAUCCUAGCUCACUUGAUAUCAAAUUUGAUGCGGCUCUCGGUCGGCAAGCCACUCACUCGAAUAAGCGCCUGGUGCGGUAUCAGCUCAAUCCCCGUCCCAAUUGGGGUCCAUUGAACCGUGCGGCAGUGACCCUGAAAUAA